UGUGCCAUUGUUAUAUGGCGAAUGCAUGGAAAUGAUGCGCAAAAAGGCUCACAAUAAAAAUAUUUGGAUUUCCAUUGACGAGACUACAGAUACGGAACAACGACUGAUAGCAAAUUUUAUAUUUGGUAUACUGGAUGUGAACGACGUUGAGGAAAAAGAUAAAUCAUAUUUACUGAAUGUUUGCGAAAUAGAUGCAGCAAAGCCACCAAUAUUGCAGCGUUCGUUAACAACUCCUUAAUUAUAUUGUGGCCUGAAGGAAUUGAAUACGAACACGCUCUGGUUGCAAUAACCGAUGCGGCGCCAUAUAUGGUUGAUGCAAUGAGAUCUUUGAAGACUUUGUUUUACAAGAUGCUUCAUGUAACAUGUUUCGCGCAUGGCCUUCACCGUGUUUGCGAAUUUAUUCGUAGCAAAUACGAAGACGCUUAUAUCGUGCAUAAAAUCAAUUUUCGUAAAGGUACCAUCUCGCCGAAAGAAAUUUAAAACAACGUAUCCUCAACUACCAUUGCCACCAAUCAACAAUACGUUGGGGCACUUGGCUGAAGGCAGCCGAAUAUUACAACGAGAACUUUUUUGAAAUAAAAUCCUUGGUAGAGAGCUUGAGUGAUGCAGACAGCGAAUCGAUUCGCAUCGCUAAAAAUUUGCUUGCAAACGAUACAUUUGUUAGUGACUAACAGCCGCACUCAGAGUCGUUUAAUGAUUACUUAAGGUGUCCCUCAGUAACGAUUUGAAAAAAUUCCCUCUCAGAGUCAGCUAAUGUUUCAUUAACGGCAUUUAAUGAACAUUAAAAUUUUUAAAAUAGUGGAAAAAUGUCCGAUCUAGAAGACUUCAUGGACUUUGCGGAUUAUGUAAGAAGGCACAGGGAAGUGGGAUUGAGGCGCUAUCUUCGAGAUUAUUCUGAUCCUUUCACGAAGUACUCAAAUCGGGAAUUCCAUGCACGAUAUAGAUUUACGCCUGAAACUAUUAAGAAUGUUAUUUUGCCUUUGGUGUCUUCUGAGUUGGAUAAGCCAACCAGAAGAGGAUUACCAUUUCACCCGGAAAUAAUGUUAUUGGUAACACUUCGAUAUUAUGCCACUGGCAGUUUUCAGAAACUGGAUGGAGAUGUGAUGAACAUAUGUCAACAGUCAGUUUCACGAAUAAUUUUUCAAGUCUCUACUUCAAUAGCGCGAAAAACCAAAGACCUCGUUAAAUUUCCAUCUACUGCAGAAGAAUUUAAUAGAGUAAAGCAACAGUUUUAUGAAUUGGCUCAUUUUCCUGGAGUAAUUGCGUGCGUAGAUUGCACACAUAUUAAAAUAAGAAGCCCAGGAGGAUUAUCUGCUGAGGUAUACAGAAAUAGGAAAGGGUGGUUCUCUAUCAAUGUACAAGCAGUCACUGGUCCAAACUUGGAAUUUUUUGAUUUAGUAGUUCGUUGGCCUGGGAGUACGCACGAUAGCUUUAUAUAUAACAGCAGUUCGGUUAAGCAAAGAUUCAAUAGCGGGGAAUUAAAAGGAAUACUCUUAGGUGACAGUGGAUAUGCUGUCAGUAAUUUGCUUUUAACUCCGUUUUUAUCACCAAGCUCAACUCCACAAAAGGAGUACAAUAAAAGCCACAUUAAAACAAGAAACACUGUGGAAAGAUGUUUUGGAGUUUGGAAGCGAAGAUUCCCCUGCCUUCACGUUGGAAUGGGUAUUAAGCUGGAGACCGUUGUAGCUGUUAUAUGCGCAUGUGCAGCAUUGCAUAACAUUUCCAUCUUAGUAGAUGACUUGCUACCAGUCAGCUCUGAUAACAUCGAAACUUUUAAUGUCGAAGCCUCACCAAUCAAUGAAAACUCCAACAGCAACGGUUUUAUUGCGCGUCAAUCUCUGGUAGACAGAUUUUUUUCCUAAGAUCUUUUGCUACAAAUAAAAGUCUUUAGAUGUUGAAAUAUUAA